CUUGUGUCCAUAUCUCUAUGUGUGGCUUCUGCGGCUUGUUCCUGUUAUUCCUUCGGUAACAUUUCCUCAGUGCAUUCUUAUGAGGAUUUCACUGAAGCUGGAUGUCCUCAUGCAGAGCGUGAGGGUGUCCCGUGUCUUUAACCGAGUCAAACUCCAUUAGAAGCCAGAAAGUGACACCAGUGGGUGUCUGAUUGACAGCCACUAGAGGCAGUCUUAGUCCUGCAAUGCAAUCAUUGCAAAGGAAACGGAAAUGUUUUACAUGGCAGGACUAUGGGGACCAGGGACAUUGCACCCAGAUCUCUUCAAUAAGAUGAAGUGGUCUGGGUGCCUAUAGUGUCACUUUAAGCUAAACAUUUACUAAGUUACCUACAUUUCUUAUAUAUUUUAUAGUAAUCAAUAGUUACUCCACGAAGGAGAAAUCAGCUUAUCUUUCAUUGAACAGGGCUAUUUUUUUUACAGGGUCAUGAUGUCUUAUAUACAUAUGACGCAGUUUAUACAGUAGUCCACAUGCAACUAACUGAGCCUCCAGCUGCCAAUCACAACAUGGCCGACGCUUAGGGCAGGGCGCUUUCGUGAUGACGUCAUCUCAGCGUGCCGCCACCUAUCUGACAGCCGCUGUGUAAAGGUGGUCAUUGUGCUGAUGGUUUGUGCAGACUCGGUUCCCACAGAAAGAUACGAGCAGUGGAUGGUAUGGACAACCCGGACAUCUCAGGAGAAGCUGCAGGCGACAUGGCGAUGACCGCCUCUCAGAGAAGAGCCGAGAUCCGGCGGAGAAAACUGAUGACUAACUCAGAAGACAGGAUGAACAGGAUAAUGGGCAUUCACAAGCCGGCAGCCAUCGGUGAGACAUGUGAAGACGGGCAGUACCUGGCAGUGUGUUCGGCAGUGCGUGGCAGUGUGUAUUCUGCAGUGAGUGGCAGUGUAUUCUGCUAUGUGUUUUGCAGUGAGUGGCAGUGUGUUUUGCAGUGAGUGGCAGUGGAGGAUGGGUGAGUCUCACUGCAACAUAGAUAAGGCCAUCUUGAGGUCUUCCACUUUUCCUUAGACAAGUUGUCCAAUUCUCUCACCUAGAAUGAUCCACAUGGAAUAAAUGUCUAUAUAGUGAAGAUUUCUCCACAACAUCCACCAUUUGUUUAUGUAUUUUUGCUAACAUUGUCAUAGUAAUAGCUAAUACAAAUUUUUUGAUGCGUCCAUGCAAUACACACGGUUGUCAGUAAAGUGAGAAUUGUUGGGAAUGCUUUAACAUAUCACAGAAUUGCAGCAAAAAAAUCUUGAACAUCCCUUUAAUCUUCAAAAGCAUAGCUGUCAUUCUUCUCUUUAGUAUUUGAAUGCCCUGUCUUCACUGCAUAAACUGGCAGCCUCUUUCUUCUAGUAUCUGGCAAGCUUGCCUUCGAUAAAUUACAAGUGGACAAUUCUCUAUGUGACACUCUUGGUUGAAAGCACUUUAACCCCUUAAGGACGGAGCCAAAUGUACACGUUGUGAUGUCGCGAACUUGCCGCGAACGGUUCGCCACGAACGGUUCAUGGCGAACUCCGGUCAGCUGACACAUCCCAACAUGGAUGCUGUCCAAGAAGUAGGAGGGUCUGCCGGAGAUUGGCAGGGAUGUGUCAGCUGACCGGAGUUCGCCGCAAACGGUUUUGCCGCGAACGGUUCGCGACAUCACUAGUUGUGAACGAAACAAAAUGUAAACAAAACUUGGCAUUUGCACUACAUGUCUGUCCAACCGUAAUUCAACUCUUUCAUAGUAAAUACGCCCACCCUUAUUAUAUAUCAUUUUAUUCAGGGGAAACAGGGAUUUCAUUUAAUAUCAAAUAUUUAGCUAUGAAACAUCAUUUAAUAUGAAAAAAAAUGGGAGAAAAUAUGAUUUGUUUAGAUUUUUUUACUUCUACAUGACAUUUUAACGGUCAAUGUCAUAAUACUGUUUGCUUUUACUGCAAUAAAAUACACAUAUUUGUAUUCAGAAAAGUCUCAUGUGUAAAACAGUACCCCCUAUGUACAGGUUUUAUGGCGUUUUUGGAAGUUACAGGGUCAACUAUAGCACGUUAAAUUUGAAAUUCGCCAGAUUGGUUACGUUGCCUUUGGGACUUUAUAGUAGCCCAGGAAAGAAAUUUACACCCAUAAUGGCAUAUCAUUUGCAAUAGUAGCCAACCCAAGGUAUUGCAAAUGGGGUAUGUCCAGUCUUUUUUUAGUAGCCAUUUGGUCACAAACACUGGCCAAAGUUAGUGUUAGUAUUUGUUUGUGUGUGAAAAAUGCAAAAAACGCCAAUUUGGGCCAGUGUUUGUGACUAAGUGGCUACUAAAAAAGACUUGACAUACCCCGUUUGCAAUACUUUGGGUUGUCUACUAUUGCAAAUGGAAUGCCAUCAUAGGGGUAAUUUUCAUUUUUGGGCUACCAUAGGGUCUCAAAGGCAACGUAACUAAUCUGGCGAAUUUUAAUGUGAAAAAAUGAAACACAAGCCUUAUAUUUGACGCUGUAACUUUUGAAAACACCAUAAAACCUGUACAUGAGGGUACUGCUCGGGAGACUUCGCUGAACACAAAUAUUUGUGUUUCAAAACAGUAAAAAGUAUCGCAGCAAUAAUAUAUGUCCGUAAGUGCUGUUUGGUAAAAUGCAAAAACAGCACUUUUUACUGGCAAUAUCAUCGUUGUAUAUACAUUUUACUGUUUUGAAAACACUAAUAUUGUGUUCAGCGGUCUCCCCAGUAGGAGCAGUACCCUAUAUACAGGUUUUAUGGUGUCUUGGAAAGUUAUAGGGUUAAAUAUAGUGCUAGCAAAUUAAAUUCCCUUUACUUUCGCAUGGGUUGUCAGGCAGGUCCCGCUUAAUUGUAAUUAAUUAAAUACCCACUAUGUAAAAAUAUUACAUAAAUAUAUGUAGUGAAUUAAUAUAUGUAUAUAUAUGCGUGUGUGUGUGUGUGUGUGUGUGUGUGUGUGUAUAUAUAUAUAUAUAUAUAUAUAUAUAUAUUAUUUUUUUUUAAUUUUUUUUAUUUUUUUUUAUUUUUUUACACUUACCGUAUAUACUCGAGUAUAAGCCGACCCGAAUAUAAGCCGAGGCCCCUAAUUUUACCCCAAAAAACUGGGAAAACUUAUUGACUCGAGUAUAAGACUAGGGUGGGAAAUGCAGCAGCUACUGGUAAAUUUCUAAAUAAAAUUAGAUCCUAAAAAAAUUAUAUUAAUUGAAUAUUUAUUUACAGUGUGUGUAUAAAUGCAGUGUGUAUAUGAGUGCGCAGUGUAUGUGAGUAUGAAUGCAGUGUGUGUGUAUGAAUGCAGUGUGUGUGUGUGUAUGAGUGCAGUGUGUGUGAUGCAGUGUGUGUUUGUGUUGCAGAGCCUUGGUGGGGGGUGGGCAUUUUUAUAAAAAAAAAAUUAUUAUUAUUUAAAUUUUUUUUGUUAUAUUAUUAUUUUUUUAAUAAUUUUUUUAUUAUUUUUUUUUUUUUUUAUUAUUUAUGUAUUAUUUUGUUUUUAGUUCAUUUUUUUGUUAUAUUAUUUUGUUUAUUAUUUUUUAUUAUUUAUUAUUAAUUUAUUUAUUUUUCGUCCCCCCUCCCUGCUUGAUACAUGGCAGGGAGGGGGGCUCUCCUUCCCUGGGGGUCCAGUGGCAUUGGCAGUUCAGUGGGGGGAGGAGGGGGGCUGGCAGAGCUGUUACUUACCUCUCCUGCAGCUCCUGUCAGCUCUCUCCUCCUCCGCGCCGGUCCGUGCAGCUCCUCUGUCAGCUCACACUGUAAGUCUCGCGAGAGCCGCACUAUGACCCCGCGGCUCUCGCGAGACUUACACUGGGAGCUGACUGAGGUGCUGCACGGACCGGCGCGGAGGAGGAGGGAGCUGACAGGAGCUGCAGGAGAGGUAAGUAACAGCUCUGCCAGCCCCCAGUCUGUAUUAUGGCAAUGUAAAUUGCCAUAAUACAGACUGACUCGAGUAUAAGCCGAGUUGGGGUUUUUCAGCACAAAAAGUGUGCUGAAAAACUCGGCUUAUACUCGAGUAUAUACGGUAAUUAAUUUAUUUUAAUUUUAUUUCCAGCCAGCAGGGGGACCACCUGUCAUUACAGGCAGCCCCCCUGGUGGCAAUACAGCAGGCAGCCUACCCGGCCAUGUGAUUGUGAGGUCCAGAUAAGUAAAGAAAGUCUGGAGGGCGUACUAUUACGCCCGGCGGCAUUUAGAGCCGCAUAAAAUAGGGCGUAAUUGUACGCCCUCCGGUCUUAAGGGGUUAAAACAUAAAAAGUAAUCUGGUUGGCGUUGUUGGUAGACAGUAUGAGUAACCCUGGAUGUGUUUGCUGAAUUCCAAAUUUUAUUUUCAUAUUAUGCGUUUACAAAUAGGAGUGCCAGAAAUGUGUUAAUUUUUUUUGUUUUAUCCUUUUAACCUCAAACUGGAACUAAUCCUCACAGUGGAAAACUGUCCUGACAUUGCUUGUAAAAAAAAAUAAAUAAAAAAAGAACUAUCAAUACAUUUUCGAUAGUAAACAUCAAUAUUAAUAUUAUUUUUUUUUUUUCCUAUUUAUUUCCCACCUUGUCAUGAUUCACUUGCUUGGGGAAGUAUCCCCAGGCAUGGCAAAUGAAAUAAGGGAGCAGGUGAAGCAUGGGCAGGUAGGUAGGUGUUAUAUGGACACCAAGUAACACCCAUGAAGAAAUGGCAGCAAUGGAACAGAGGAAGAGUGGGCAGUGAUUUUUCCCAAAUUUUACACUGAAUACAUAUAUCUUUGUGAUAUAAUGCAUUUAAUGUAUUGGGGGGGUAAUUUAUCCUAACUUUUAUAAGCCAUGAUAGGUUCACUUAAAUGUUUUUAUGCUUUACGAGAGUCCCCAGCAGCCUAUCGCCUCUGCACCGCUUGGGCUAAUGAGGAAGCAUUAGCCUGAGAAGCAACUUGUGGCUGAGAGUGGGCUGUCAGCUGACUGCUUUCCACUUAUCACAGAAUCCAUUUCUGGUAUAGCUAGAAGGAGUGUGUUAUCUCUGCCUUAGCAAUACUUUCGUUGGGGGCUAGACUAUAGGUGGCCAGUGAUCCUUUUUUAAUGUUAGAGGAACACUAUAUAGUGUUAGGAAUAGAAAACUGUAUUUGUAACACUAAAGUGUACCUCUGCAUCUACCUUUUCCAGAUAUUUGAGGAGGAUGGCCACCUAAAUAGUGUUUUUAAUAUGUUAUAUUUUUGGAUGAACCUUUAAAUUGAUUUAAUAUUAUGAAAAAUGUUUUUACUUUUUUAUAUACAUAUUAAUAUAUUUUUGAUAUAUAUUUAUUAUUAUUAUUAUUAUUAUUAUUAUGUUGAAAAAAUCAUUUAAAAAUAUUAAUUAAUAUUAAUCAAGGCCAUAACAGGUCUGUGCAAGUGCAGAUCUCAAAGUGAAAUUUUGAGUUUAAUAGUUUGGCAUUUGUAAGCAAACAUUUAUGCAGAGGUUAUCUAGAGGUACACAAAAAGGCUUGUCUUGACACAUUGACUAGCUACACUGUCUCUGGAGAGGGAAGAUGACAUUGUGUAGCCAGUUGUUAAUGUAUUUUGGGAUUCCCUCUUUUCCUCUACAUUUCACAGAACUAGAAAAACCCUUGUUUAUAUCCUAACAUGUAUUUUACAAAACAAAUGUUUUAAAGGAAGCUGCUUUGUGACUAUCACUUAUUGUUUUAAUUCUGUACUUUAGAUGAAUUGCGCAUAGAAAGACUUGACAAAUCAGAUUCAUCAGCCCUGUCUAAAAGGGGUGUCAUUCUUUCUGGAGACACAAGCAUAUCAACUGAACACCUUUAUGGCAGUGGAGAUGGGAGGGAGUCCUACUCAGGAGAAAGGACAGAUUUCAGCCAGAAUUCAGAAUUCCGGAAAGACAACAAUGGACUCUGGAAGAGCAGUGGAGAUGUGACAUCUGACUCCACCCCAAAAGGCAUAAACCAAUAUUUGUCAAAGUUUGAUGAGGCCAUGAAACUUAGGAACCAGCUAAAUGGGGAGAAGACGAAUCAAGAAAAUGGUAAUGGAGUGGAGGAGUUGGACUCUUUCCGCAUUUUUAGACUGAUUGGAAGUGCACUUCUUGCUGUGGCAGUCAGAAUGUUUGUAUGCAAGUUCUUGGUAAGUGAUUAUUAAUCUUUUGAGGGGAUAGGGGAAGUUUGAAUGAGUUUAUUUUUAUGCCUGAAUUUGUGUACUUUUAGUAAUACCUAGAGAUUUUACUACACUUUUGCAGUUGGUGUGCUUACAUUUUGUUACAUAAAUAUUGGCAAAAUUUAUCUCUAUACCUAGUGUAUGUUUUAAUUCAUUGGUCAGUAAACUGUUACUUGUGCAUAUAUACAUUUGUAAUUAAAUAUUAGAUUGUAGAUUAACCAUGAUCACCAUCAGUACUAGAAUAUACCAAUCAGAUAUAUAGCUUUGCUCAUAUGAUACUGAUCUGAGGCCCAAUUAUUUUUUACCACCUAAUGUUGUAGACAUUCUAUUAAAUAGAAUGGGUACUUAUCAGAUGAAUACAUAAAUACAUUUAGAGUCUUUAUGCAUUAUUCUCUAAACCUGGUAUUAUUAGGAAUUUACCAGGUCAUUACAUAUUUUUGUGGAAGUUUUGGGUACAUUGUCCACAAAUUCUCACAAAUACACAUGAUGUAUUCAGUGUAAAAUUUCAAGACAUACCCACCUUACCUCUGUUCGGGCGCCACCAAACCUUGAGCUUUGUUCAUUGUACUCUUCAUGUAUCACCCAUGUUCGCUCCACCCACACUCUUAUGUGAUUUGCUCUUCUUGGGAACCCUUCAAUUCCUAUUGGCCCUAGCUAGUGCUGACAGUGUCUGCUCUGGAGUUUCCAUAGCAACUGCAGCACAUGUGCUACUUUUGCUAUUCUUGGGAGAACAGAAGGACCACCUUUUUUAGUCAAAUCAACAGAAUAGAGUGUAUGCCAAAGAUUUAACUGAGAAAUGUGGAGAAAGACCUAUUUUUAAAUAGCCAAUCUGCUAAUAUAAAGUAUAGAUAAAAUGUCAUGCUCUUUCAAAAUAGAAUGAAUGAUUUGAGGCAUGACAUGUCCCCUUUAAAAAAAUAUUUUAAACAGGCAGAUAAACAUAAUAAAAAAAAUUAUUGUAAUGUAAAGGAUGCAAGAUUCUCAUUCAUUCUCUCUCUUUCUCUCUCUUUCUCUCUCUUUCUCUCUCUUUCUCUCUCUUCUCUCUCUCUCUCUCUUUCUCUCUCAAUCUGCUAAUAUAAAGUAUAGAUAAAAUGUCAUGCUCUUUCAAAAUAGAAUGAAUGAUUUGAGGCAUGACAUGUCCCCUUUAAAAAAAUAUUUUAAACAGGCAGAUAAACAUAAUAAAAAAAAUUAUUGUAAUGUAAAGAUUCCUCAUCUAUCCUCCUCUCCUCUCCUCCUCCUCCUCCUCUCCCUCCUCCUCCUCCUCCUCCCUCCCCUCUCUCUCUCUCUCUCUCUCUCUCUCUCUCUCUCUCUCUCUCUCUCUCUCUCUCUCUCUUUCUCUCUCUCUCUCUCUUUCUCUCUCUCUCUUUCUCUUUCUCUCUCUCUCUCUCUCUUUCUCUCUCCCCCCCCCCCAAAUUGUACUUAUGUUGAUACAUCUAAUUUUCAUUUGCAGUCAAUAUUUGCUCCAUUCCUCACUUUACAACUUGCUUUCAUGGGAUUGUCGAAGUACUUUCCAAAGGUAAGAUUAUUUCACUUAAAGAAAAAGUUUAAAAUGCCAUUUUUUUUCCUUCUUCUCCUACAUGUACUAUAUGUUGUUUACAUUACAGCCUAGGGACACUUCCAGGGGCCACUAGAGGUGCUUCAUAGGUCAGUGCUGCACAGCUCUGACCCAGGAAGUCCUGAGAUGCUAAACAUUCUCCGUAGAGACGUUUGUGUUCCUAACCCUAUAGUGUUCCAUUAAAGUACAGAGUUGCCACAGUGCUUCUUUGAGGAGAUAAACCACCAGUGUUUCCAAUUGGUGGUAGCAAACAGAUAUAAGAAAAUACUUCAGAGUCUAAACUGUGACAUUCUUCAAAUAAUUCCCUGAUGUAGGCCUCAAUUCAAUAAUUUUGGAUAAACAUUUAAAAAUUUUUUACAAAAUUAUAAAAUAUUAAAAAGACAUCAUAUAAAAUAUCAAUAUAUCUGAAACUAUCAAAAUAUUAAGAGGUUAGGGGCGUGGCUAACCGCCGAGCGGAAUGGAAGCAUAGAUUCUCGCUCUGGCACUAUGGCUCCGAAAUAAGCGCCAAUUUAGAACAUCAGGGCCAGAGAAUAAGGAGGUGCAGUGCCGGAUCUGACCAUGUCGCAACCCAAGGCAAAAAAAAAAAAGCAGCGCUUGGGCUGAGAAACUGAAUUUUUUUUUCAAUCAAAAACCGGCACAGAAUACUCCAAACACGAGGUCCACGGGGCAAGAUGGCGGCGGGGAAUCAGGGACAUGCAGUCGUGGCAAGAAUCAGUAGCCGAUCUCAGGAAAGAUAUUCAAGAUUUGGGUUGGCGCACCACGCAUAUAGAAUCCAAAAUGGAUCUAUUCACCUCUGCCCAUAAUGACAUGGCAGAUCAUGUCCAAACGCUGGAGCGUAGAGGAGAUGGAGACGAAACUCAUGGAUGUGGAAGACUAUGGAUUGCCACCGAACCUACCUCUCUAUGUAAGAGGCCUGCUACAUGCUUAUGGCUCAGAAAUACCGGCGAACAUGCUAUUAGUCAGCCGGGUACAUAGGGUACCUAAACCCAGACAUCUGCCAGACUCAGUGCCACGAGAUGUAUUGCUGAGGGCACACUAUUUCCACAUUAAGGAAAUAGUGCUCAAAGCUAGCAGAAACAGGACCUAUCCGCCAGAGGAAUAUACAUCAGUGAAAAUAUUUGCAGAUCUGUCUGCAACCACGCUUUGGAGGCGUAAAUUGUUCCAGCCGGUGCUCAAUAUCCUCAAGAACAACUUCAUCCGAUAUAGAUGGGGAUUCCCUACCAAGCUCCUUGUCACACGGGAAGGCAGCAUCAAAGCCCUACCGACACCUGAGGAAGGCCUCAGCAAGAUGGCAGAGUGGGGCCUGGUGAGUCACCAACCUGUGCAAGCUCCUAAGUUGAGACAGAAAAUCUCUCCGGAAUGGCACACAGUAAAGGCCGCUGCGAACCACGGCUAAGCUUAACGGUCAAUAAGCCUAAACGGACACAAGUAUACUUGCUACCUCUAAUGUUUGCCGUCAUUGGCAAUCUGGCCCUAUGAGGGCGAUGAAGGACAAUAUUACCAUAUAGGUUCUGAAUGUGUAAAUAGUUUUAGUCAUAAAAUAUUGGGUAAAGGUCUGGCAUUCCCGGAUAUAUAGCACAACCCAACCAACAGAAGGACACACUAUAGUAGGAAAUACAAAUAUAUAGGCCAAGAUUUGAAUAUGGGCUCUUAGUAUCCCUACAACAGCCCAGGAUGGCCCUUAAAUGAUAUGGGACAUCUGAGUAUAGCCGCAUCUAGCCUAAAGGUAGGGAGCGGCCAGGUGACUCCCGCCCGGGGGGUAUCCUACCUGCUCUCCGGGUAUAGCAGUGAGGAUAAGAAAUGUGUUUUUAAAAAAAAAGUGGGAGGGGGGUUUAUACAGUGGAGAGAAAUGUUUCCAGAAAAAAGUUAGAAAUUAUCUCCUGGGAAAGCCUGUCAAUUUUGUGUAUGUUUAUGUAUUGUGCAAUUUUGCUUGUAACCCCCUUGUAUACACGGGUCCGCAACUUAGAAGGUUCACCCAAUGAGAAAGUUAUACUGCCCAGGCCCCUACAUGUACUCCUUUCCAACUAUAGAGAACCCUGGCCUUGAUACUGACCUACCAAGUCGAGCCCCUAGCCACCAUAGGAGAUGCGAUUCUCCGCUACUCCCGUAGUGCGUCAAGUCCGCACUACUUCUCCACUAAGGAAAUAUCAGAUACUAUGAAAACAUUGCCAAAUGGGAAAUCCCCUGGCCCAGACGGCUUCACAAAUUCCUAUUAGAAACGAUAUGCACACGUACUAGCUCCUAAGCUGGAAAGGGUAUUAUAUCAUAUCUACGGGCAAUAUUUUGUCCAAAAUGCCUUUGACACAUAUUUCAACCCUUCCCAAACCCGGGAAAAUCCCCAACAAAUGUCAAAACCUACGACCAAUAUCUCUAUUGAACACAGAUGUCAAGAUACUAUCAAAUGCAUAUGCCAAUAGAUUGUCCACAAAGACCAGGUGGGAUUUGUGGGGGGCAGACAGAGACUGGAGGGCACUAGGAAGUUGAUAAAUCUCCUAAACGAGCGGAGAGGAGGAAGGGCCCCGUGCGUAUUGGUCUCCCUUGACGCUGAAAAGGCAUUUGACCGGCUGCAUUGGCCCUUCCUCCUCUCGGUCCUUGAGAAAUUCUGGUUCCCCCCGGGAGUUCUGCUCCCUGAUCUUGGCGUUGCGUUCCCACCCAGCAGCAAAAGUUGUAAACUGAAGAUUCGCCUCUAAGCAAUUCAAUAUAACUAACGGUACGAGACAGGGGUGUCCUCUGUCCCCACUACUCUACAUUCUAAGCCUGGAGCCUCUGACACCGCUAUAAGGAGUCAUCCAGAUAUACAUGGCAUUAAAAUAGGAGGGGAAAAUCACAAAGUCACAUUAUUUGCAGAUGACAUAUUCCUCACACUGGAGCAAGCACACUUAUUGCUGCCCAAUCUACACGCCAUAUUAAAACGAUACAGCGACUGUUUCUAUUACAAACUAAACAUCACUAAAACACAAGCAAUGGGAUUUGACAUCCCACAUAAGACGCUCUCCACACUAAAAGCAGGCUUCCCCUAUGACUGGAGACAGGACUACCUGACCUUCCUCGGUGUGGCGUUCACAGCAUCUGUGGCGGAACCAGCCUCGCCACUGGGCAUUGGAGAAGACUGAUUGCCAGCCUCCUGCCCUGUGACUAUGGCCCCAUGUUGAAAUGCUGGAUUUUCCCCUGCAAAGACCCGAAAGCCGGGUCAUUCAGUACUUUCCCUAUGUGAGCAGUGUUACCCCAGAUAGCUAUGCCAUGGAGCCCAUUCAUAACGAAAGACUAUGUGAAAGACUUUGGCUCCAUGGCAAUUGAACUGUAUGUAUGUGAUCUGAGCGCCAUUCAGUAAUAAUUUGCGCUCAGAUCUAAGCUAUCUGGGGAUAUGUUGAAUGUACCAGUUUUAUGCAAUCGCUGCACAGUUAUAUAUUUUUAUGUAUUUUAUUGUAUUUUGCUACCAUGUGGCUAAUGGAGUUUUUCCUCUGUCCUUGGAGAUAAUUGGAUUCCUUCCCAAUUAUCUCCAGGAUAGAAGACUCUGUGGAACUGGUUUUGGGCAGAAAAACCAUGCUUCAUUUUGUCAAAUAGGACUUUCCCUUAACUUUUUAACCCCUGAACCGAUUGCCCUGAUUUUUGAGGAUGUGUAUAUUUCAAGCAUGCAGAUUCUGAAAAUUUAUGUUUUAUGUGAAUGGCAUGUAUAUUUUGGAAGUUAUUAAUAUUUUGUAAAAACUGUAUUUCUCUGCCUGUGAUAAUUAUAUUACCCAUUGUGUUUAGUAAUCAUAUCACAGGCAGAGGGGAGGAUUUUGUUUGGGAGAGUCUGUGUGUAUUGGACGGAUUGAUUGGUUGUAUUUCAAAACCCUGUGGGCAGUACUAUGUUUGUGGAUUGGGAAUAAAAGAGGCUGUAUGUGCCAGUACAGUCAGUUCUUCUUGACCUCCAAAACGAAGUGUCGUCUCGUUAUUGGGGGAAUUGGAUUGUAUGCUGAUUGCCAGGAGUGUAAGCUGAUUGUAUGCUUUUCCUGUUCAGCUGCUUACAGCAUUCAUAUGCUUGAGAGCAUUCAUAUGCUUCUCCGGUCCGGUGGUUGUGGUGUCUGCUGCAGUACUUGGAGUCCUCAGGAAGCGCUAGGAGCAUCCUUCAACGGAGGUACCAAGUCGGAGUGCCAGGUGAUCCGUUACAUUGGUGGCAGCGGUGGGAUGGCGUCCUAGUGCGAGGUAAAGCAGCUCAGAGACACCGUUCGUGGAGUUACAAAUUGAGGGCAACGCUAGCACUCGUGCAGCGUCCCUGGGAGCAGAGGUAUCCAGCGACUUGGAGCAGACAGGUAUGGAAGGCUCUGGCUCUGAAGAUGAUUGGCUGGCCGAGGUAAGGCAGCGAGUGGUCCAGUAUCUGAAUGAUGUACCCAUGGAGAUACGCCGGGUGAUCUGGAACCAGGUCACGGCCGAGCGAAACACAAGGCUGGACCGAGAAUUCCGGCUGGCGAAAGGGAGAAAGUAUGCUCAGCGGAUGGAGUGUUACAGCAGCCGAGUAGAGGCUGCAUCCGAGGAGGUUAGUGGUCUUCCCCUGAGGUGGCUGGAGGAACCCGAAGUAGGGGUCCUCAUAGACUGGUCCUGUGAGGAACCAUAACAGGCAGGUGGAGAUGGGACCAAGGUCUCUCCACCGGGCCCACCGGGAUGCUGGGCAGCCAGCCCAGAUCCCCAGCAGCAGCUGGAGUUGCAAGGUGCAGAAGCAGGUGGUCCUUACUCGCAAAUAUUGAGAGACCUCACAGACUGGUCCUGGGAAGACCCACAGAUGACAGGUGGAGAUGUGACGGCGGUCUCUCUACUGGCCCUAAAGGGAUGCUGGGCAGUCAGCCCAGAUCCUCAGUGACCGUUUGUAUCACAGGGAGCUGAAGGUGCUGUCCUUCCUCCCCAGCGGCUGAAAGUGUGUAAGGGAGAGUAGCUUGUUACCCCCUCUCCCUAGCGACAGCAUAACCCACCAAGGGGAGACACUAAGCCCCCCACCAGCACAGAUGGGACCGUGGUCUCUGCGCCCAAGCUACAGGGAGUACGGACAGUCGGUCCUGCUCCCCACAAGGUGUAGGAACAGUUGGUCCGGUCCCCCUGCAGCAGGACUGUUUAUUAAAAGGGGAGACAGUCGGUCUCCCCCUCCAGCAGCAGCACCGGGUCCAAGGAGAGGAGCCUACCACCCCCUCUUCACAGCUGGGCUCCAACCAGACUACUCCAGCUGAAGUGCUGGCACCAGGGCAGAGGACCGCUGGUCUCUGCCCACUCAGCAACCCACAGAUCCGGAGUACCCGUACCAAACACAGCCGUGAUGGAGCCCCUGGACAAAGACUGGCUGCACGUUUCCCAGGUGCAGUAACUUUUCAUUGUGGGUGGGCUGCACUACUGACUAUGUUUUAUGGGUGGGUUGCUGGACUAACCAAGGCACUGACCGACAGGAGGCCAGAUACCUUGUUAGUCUUUUUGGGAAAGGGGAGAAAUGUGGCUGAACCAGCCUCGCCACUGGGCAUUGGAGAAGACUGAUUGCCAGCCUCCUUGAAAUGCAUGAUUUUCCCCUGCAAAGACCUGAAAGCCGGGUCAUUCGGUACUUUCCCUAUGUGAGCAGUGUUACCCCAGAUAGCUCUGCCAUGGAGCCCAUUCGUAUAACGAAAGACUAUGUGAAAGACUUUGGCUCCAUGGCAAUUGAACUGUAUGUAUGUGAUCUAAGCUAUCUGGGGAUAUGUUGAAUGUACCCGUUUUAUGCAAUCGCUGCACAGUUAUAUAUUUUUAUGUAUUUUAUUGUAUUUUGCUACCAUGUGGCUAAUGGAGUUUUGCUUCUGUCCUCGGAGAUAAUUGGAUUAUUUCCCAAUUAUUAUCUCCAGGAUAGACACUGUGGAACUGGUUUUGGGCAGAAAAACCCAAUCCGACUCCCCCAAACACAUUUUUAAAGAGGCCCAGAAAAUAAUCAAUACCUUUUGUGUGGCAGGGGACAAGACUCUGAGUUGCAGCGACCACACCAUACAAGCCCUUUUUCAAUGGGGGGGGCAUGGGUCUCCCAAAUCUGGCUGUAUAUUAUUAGUUAACCAUGAUUUUCCCUAUCCUCUCAGCAGCCGUACAGAAGAGCCAACCUCCCUGGGCACGCAUAGAGGCACACUAUACAGGAGGCCACUCACUGCUCUCAUUAGCCUGGACACCUAAAGCCUUGUGCCAAACAUACCCCAGAAUUUUACCUAUCACAGCCCUCACACUUAAACACUGGGAUAGACACCUAACAAAGACAAAACAAACCAUGAGACCAUCGGCAGCAGUGCCGAUCGAGACACUUUCCUCCUUGAUACCGGACUUUAAUAUCAAACUAUGGCAAAGACAUGGAAUUAAAUCCAAAUAUCAUCUACUUCACGAAGGCAAACUUAAAGACUUCACACUACUACAGACACAGUAUAAGUUAUCUAACAUUGCACAAUUCUCAUAUAUAUGCAGAUCACAUAAUGGUUCCACAAACCUUAUACGCAGGGCAAUACUCUUGUACAUGGACAACAGCUGAUGGACGAGGAAAAAAUGUCUAAAACUCAUCUCACUCCUAUAUUCGGCAGCAUAAAACACAACCCAUAGAUUCAAAAAUGGGAAAAAGAUUUAAAAGUGGAAUUUACUAUACAUCAAAAGAGAGCGAUAUUCAGAGCUCACAAACAUUUUACCCUAAAUAGCUCUCAUAUAGAGCUCUCUAGAAAAAUAAUAUACAGGUAGUAUAUGGUUCCCAGCAGGCUAAAAUACCUAGACCCAAGCAAGUCAGACUCCUGCUGGAGGUGCCAUGUACACACAGGAUCAAUGCUACACAUCUGGAGGUCGUGUCCACAUUUAGCCCAGUACUGGGCGGAUACUGCUAAGCUGAUCCACACAAGUACAGGAGUAGACUUACCAGACACACCAGAAAUUUUUAUAUUGUUAGUAUUCCCGGAAAAAAUCUCCAAACAUCUACUGUAUCUAAUAUACCACAUUAUAAUAGCAGCAUUAACCUCAAUUAUCUGACAUUGGCUACAAACCACUCCCCCUACAAUUCAACAGUGCAUUAACGAAAAUGACACAACAAAACGCUAUGAAAUAAUUGCACGUAGGGCACUACCACCCUCUAAGUUCUGGGUGGAAGCAUGGGAGAGAUGGGAUCAGCACUGGAACGGAGCGGUGUCUAACGACCUAACUCCAGAACCAAUCUCCCCUAUUUUGGGGUGGGCCCUCGGGGGACCGACUCCAACAGCUGUGUACAGCCCACUUGGGACGACAAAACUGUGACCUGUACAUAUAGCAAAUGCUAGUUGCAGAACACCGGUGCCAACUAAUUGACUAAUCAGCAACACACACUAUGCCUUGACACAGGCAAAACACCCUAGACUGAAUAGUCUAGACCCGAACCUAAGCGUACGGUAACCUCAUGAAAGCUCAAGACUAUUCUGGUUUGCUCGUACUUGCCGCAUAACAUCCACAACGUACCCUGGGACCCUGAACAGGGACUUGAAGGUACAAAUCCAGUGGGUCUUCAGCCAGGAGCCCAACUCACCAUAUACUUUGAACUUAGUUCAUAUGGAAAUUAUUGAAUAAAUACUUUGGGUGUGUUGUCAGCCUGUUGAUGUAUAAUGCUAUGAAAUCUACUUAAGCACGACCCGAGGUGCAUACACGCAUGUACCUCGGAACGUGACAAUGUAUAAAGAUACCUCCCCCCCCUUUCUUUUAUUCUGUACCCCUUUAUUGAAAACCAAUAAACAGUUAUACACACCAAAAAAAAAAGUUUUCAAAAUAUUAAACCAUUUUUAAAGUGUAUCCAAAACUUUAAAGGAUCGGGUCAGGAACACCCCCACCCCGUUCCUUAACUGCCUAAAUAUAACAUCUUAACUUAAUUCUAGUCUGCUGCUCCUGGCUCUGCCCCUGACCUACUUGCUUGGCUGAAAUCAUCAGAAAUUAUGUUCUGGGCCAAUCACAAUGCUUUCACAUAGUAAAGUAUUGGAUUGGCUGAGAGUGUCAAGGAGGUAGAUCAGGGGUAGAGCCAGCACAUGCCAAACACAGCCCUGGCCAAUCACCAUCUCCUCAUAGAGAUGCAUUGAAUCCGUGCAUCUCUAUAAAGAAAGUUCAGUGUCUCCAUGCAGAAGGUGGAAACACUGAAGGGCAGUGCUGCACAGUGUGCAGCAAUGCCCCAGGAAGCACCUCUUGUAGCCGUAUGAGGAGUGGCCAGUGGCUGUAAUGUAAACACUGCAUUUUCUCUGGUAUUUCUCUUGAACAUCAUUUAGUACUCAAAUUAAAAACUAGAAUCAAAGUGCCUUUUCAAAUUAUGCUAAGUAUCUGACGUGCAAAGAGAGACGGGAUAUAUACGAUUUACUAAAGGUGGAAAAUAAAUUUGGCUAAUUAGUCUUGAAGAAAUAACUGACGAUUAAGAGAAUGCAGAGGGAUACAGUCUCUGCAGGCCACCUGCAAUUUUCCAUGUUGGGCAUUUAUGGGAAUAAUGUAACCAUUCUAUCACAGCAAUGGUUUCAAAUAGAAAGCACUGUGCACAACUGCAGAGGAUAAUCUGUGUACAGACAAUGUAGAUUGCAUAGAGAUAGUUUUACCUAUUUUGUAGCCAUUGUUAUUCAGGAAAAUGAGCAGGCAGACGCUGGGACAGAGGGAAAAAAUAACCGGAUUUAAAAAAAAAAAUAAUAAUAAUAUUUUUUUCCAGUACGUUCUCUUUCCAUAGAGCUAUAUGCUGUGCCUGUAAAAAAUAAAUAAAUAAAUACUAGUGCAUUCAGUUUUUUUUUUUGUUUUUUUUUUCUCCCCGGGCCCAACAGGCCCAAUUUCGUUUCCUAGUGUAUUGCUGCUGUGGACAAUGUCCUUAGGCAGUAGAGUGCAAGUGCAUCAUUCAGCAUGCUCAAGCUGUGCACAGGCACCUGGACCCUGUAAAGAGCAUUACAGCAGUACUUGCCCUUUUAGCGGCUAUUCCCCUCUCAGGCCAACCCUUUCAUCCCAAUGUUUGGAGGUAUGCUUCUCCAACUCUGCAUAUAGUUUAAUGCCACAUUAAAAAUCCUAUAAUUGUUGUUGUGUUUUUUUUUCAGGGGGAUAAAAAGAUAAAGACGACGGUCCUUACAGCAGCACUUCUUCUGUCUGGGAUUCCUUCUGAGGUGAUCAGUCGCUCACUGGAUACAUAUAGCAAGAUGGCAGACGUUUUCACUGAUCUAUGUGUCUACUUUUUCACCUUUAUUUUUUGUCAUGAAAUACUUUUAUUUUUUGGCUCAGAAGUGCCCUGAUUGUUAUUCAUUGCAUAUAUACAUUUGCACACUUUCUGUAUCUACUAGUCAACAUCCAGCUACAUGCAAAACAAAUUAGUCCUUUGCUAUCGGUGUAUACUGAAUUGUUAAAAUAAUUGCUAAGGAUUUUAGCAGUCUUUACAGAUAUUACUUUCAAAAUGUUUUCUGCAAAAUGUUGUGUGCAUCAAUUUGUUGAAUAAACAGUUCAGGAUGGAUAAAUUAUCCAUUCCUCAGAUACCAUCCCUAUUUAAAAGGUAAACAAUUUAAUUGCUCCCAAAGAUGAUUUCAUUCUUCCUCCCAACCAUAUUCUCCAUUUGUAGAACUUUUUCUACCAUUGUUUGUCUACAGUGCUCACUGCAUUUGUCAUCCACUUAAACCAACUUUAAGUCCAGUGUAAGCAUCCAUCCAUCCAUACUUCUAAAAACAUUAUAUCCUAUAGAAACCAGUUUCUUUUCUGGUGAUUUCUAUAUUACAGUGGCAGUUGCUAAUUUAUUUAUAAGUCAUUUCCAGUGUAAAUGUAUCUCAAAUAUACUGGACAUAAAAAUACAAUAUUUAUUAAUCAAUAUACAAAAUUCUGUAAACUACCGUACAUCAAAGGAAGUGUGUGUGUUUUUAGUAUGUAAUAACAUUUAGAUAUAUUAUUGGCUUAUGAGAGAAACAAUGAUUUAAGAAAUGUGGGGAGAAAAAUCUUUAGCUUGGCUUUUAUAACCGGCUAAUUUUUUAUGUUCAAAGGAAAAAAAAUAAAUUAAACUGACAGAUACUAUGAUCAUUUUAAGCUAUCUGUGGCAAUCACUGUAUCGGUACCUCUAAUACUGUGGUUCAGAACUCACUCCUCAAGACACACCAAAAGUACCUGAUUUAGGCAUUUCCAGAUUCUGGUCCAGAAGGGUUAUUGACAAACCUGCAGUAUUGGUGUGCCAUGAGGACUGUGUGGGAAACUACUGAUAAGCUAAAUGUGUCUUGUCUUGCUGACUAUGGGUUUGUGGCUGUCUCAUGUUACUGUCUCUGUGUUACAGGGAUUAAGGUGAUGUUCUUCCCUGCAUUGUACCAAUAACAUCUGCUUUUGUUUUAAGCCUGGUUUUGCAUUCAAUGACACUAAUAGUGCCAUAGGGGACCUACCUCAGUCCUCUGAUACAGAACCCCCCCUCCACCCAAUAUAUUUCUGUAUAUUAAUGCAAAAUUAGUUUAAGUAGACAGGCAGGUGUGAAUUCUUUUAGGCUAGGUGCCAUCUUUAUUUCUCAGUUCAGACUUGACCAUAUGCAGCAUCAACUCUUUUUAUACAAAUGCAUUUGCCUAACCCUCUUUUCAUGUAAUUAAUUUAUUUAAGUUUGUGGUGGGCACAAAGCUAUAGGUAAUCUGUUUCUUUACUUAGUUAACAAAGGUGUUGAAUUCUUAGUUUUCGUUACAAAUAUGGCUUUUGUGGAAUUGUGUUCAGAAUUGUGCCCAAGACACAUUAAUUUGUUUUCUAGGACUACUAAAAAUGUAAUAUUGCCAUGCAAUUAUAAAUGGCAAAAUAUUCUACCUGUUGCUCCCUAUUGCCCAUCAAAAAUCCAUUCUUAAUUAAAGCAUAAAAAAAAUCAAACUAAGUUUUAAAACGGCAUUUGUACUAAUAGGGAACGGUAGAUCAAUUUCUGAAUGUAUACAAUUGAAACCUGCUGCUAAAUGAAUGUAUGUCUGUUCAUACGUGUGGCUGGGAUACAUCCUUUUUUAGUUGUGCUGUGAUUUUUUUUUUUUUUUUUCUUAUGUUUAUUCCUUCCUUCCAUAAGUACUUAUGUAUGUUGUGUUAUAUGCCUGUUGGUUCUGGGAGCUCAGCAUCAAAAGUGUGUGUGUGUGUGUGUGUGUUAUGACCAGUAUCAGAAGCUUACAGUAUAAGUCUGCAUUUAUCAUUAUUAUCAAGUAUAUUGUCCUCUAUCUAGUUUUGUUGUAGGAAAAGAAUAAUUACAGAUAGAUGAUUCUGCAUAGUUUUCUGUGCUGCCUUUACUUUCCAUUGAGUUAAGUGCAUUUAACCUGAACUAAGUGUGCAUAAUGAAAAUCUGAAAGUGUAUUUUCAUGUGUAGAAUAAGAUUCUACAUAUAUUUUAUGUGCUGCCUUCACUUCCCAUUGAGUUAAGCGCAUUGCUCUUUCUAACCACCUAUUUCCUGAACUACCACUGUUGUGUGUGCUCUUAAGAAUGCCCAUUGUGCGUGCAGCAAACUGAAAUCUACAGGCAUCCAUUUCAAAUUGUGUCACCCUACUUGCAUUCAUUGAGAUCAGGAUGUCCCCUCUAUGCUUCAGUGGGCUACAACUUCUCCACACUCCCAGAUCUAUGUACUGUAAAGAAACAGGCGUAAGCAUCCUUCUCUACCCUCAUUGUACCUUUCAACCAAUCUUCCCUGCCUUAUGUUGUCCUUCAUUCGAAGUUCGCACUAUCUAUUCAAACACCCCCCUGGUUAUCCUAGACAUAGCCUGUUGAAUUAUAAACUUGUUUUAAUGGAAAGGUUAAAAAAAGAAAUAUAUUUGCCUUUUUGGUAACCGAUUACCAAUAUAUGCUGCAUUUGAUGUAUAUAUUAAUUCAUUAUUGGUAUUUGAAAAAUGCCUUCAUUAUUUUGUUUUAAUAUGUUCUUUUGGCCAUUUAUCCCUUUCAUUCCAGUCUUGGUAAACAAACAUGUAAUCUGCAAAUUUAGCUUAAUUUAUGUCUGGUACUUGGGGUUAUUGCAUCUCACAAGAUGUUUCUGUAACCGGUACAAAGGAGACAAUGGUCGAGGAACUCAAAGUGUAACCAAAAUGCAGGUUUAUUGGAACAGUGUUCAAGCAACGUUUCAACUCCCAAAAGGUCUUAAUCAAGUAAAAAAAAAAAAUAAAAAAAUAAAAAAUUCUGAGCCUGAAAAAGACCCUUGGGGGGGUCAAAAUGAUGCUUGUACACUGUUCCAAUAAACCUGCGUUUUUGGUUCCACUUUGCACAAAUGUCUACUUUCUAAACUACAGAGUGGGGUUUGGCCUACCUCAGGUUCAGUUGCACCCUAGGGACCGAGGGAGUGCAGUGUCAAAUGGUCUAUUGAAUGCUGUAACAGGUACAAACAUUUAUUGCAAUUCCAGAUGUUAUAGACUAAAGACAAAAUGAUUUAAAGUUAUCAAAUGAGCUGUUUCCCACAGCAUCUUUAAUGGUAAACGUUGUCUACACCUGGGCAGUAUGCCUUUUUUUUAUAUUUGCAUUGUAUUAAAUUUGAAUAUUGUGCCACAUGGCAACAUCAUGACGGGAUCACGAUUUACAGCAGUGUUGUUAAUCUUCAUCGGUCAGGAACAUGUGCCCAAGAGUAAAAACAUGUCUGCUAAAGGUUCUCAGUUAUGCACAGGGCUGUCUUUAACACGGGGCAGCUGCCCCGGGCCCAGUUGCUCCUGAGGGGCCCCAGAGCAGCUGCCUCGUGGGCCCCGCGAUUUGAGCAGCUCCCAUGUACCUGGCGGGGGGGCUGCACAGAGCCACACCAGCCGCACACUAAGGAGGCCCCUGGGUGACCCAUGCACUAAGGGCCACCCGGUGGGCAUGUGUCAGCAGGGGCCCGGUCGGGCACUGUGACACUUAAACAGCGCGACCGGGCCCCUUCCUGUUUGGCAGCCGGCUGGGAGGAAGUGAGUGCCGCGCGUCACUUCCUCCCAACGGAGAUCACAACUGCACGGGAGGAGAAAGGCAGGGAGGAGGGGAGUUCCAGAGGAGAACUCCCAUCUGCCUCAGCCUGCCACUGGACCCCAGGGAAACCAUCCUUCAGAAAAAGGUAAGAAACUGGAGGGUGGCUAAAUGUAUGUCUGUGAGUGUCAGUAUGUCUCUGUGUCUGUCUGUGUGUGUCUGCCUGUGUCAGUAUGUCUGCGUGUUUGUCAGUAUGUCUGCCUGUGUGUCUGUGUCAGAAUGCCUGUGUGUGUGUCGAUAGGUCUGUCAGUGUAUGCGUCUGUGUGUGUCAGUAUAUUUGUCAGUUUAUGUGUCUGUGUAUUCAUGAAUGUGUGUCAAUAUGUCUGCCAGUAUAUAUUUGUGUGUCAGUGUAUGUGUAUGUCAGUAUGUAUCUGAGAAUGUUUUAAUAUGUCUGUCUGUGUGCGUAUGUGUCAGUAUGUCUGUCAGUGUGAUUGCGGGUUGGGUGUAAUUAGGGGGUUGGGGGGGGGGAAGGAGCAGGGCCCAGGGGGCCCAAGAAAAUGCAUUACCCAGGGUCCUAAUCAUAUUAUAGACGACCCUGGUUAUGCAGCUAAAUAUCAUAGACCAGGGCUCAAAAUGUCUCAGAAUUUCAAACAUUGAGUUACUAGAAAUGUAUUCACCAGCUUUAAACCCAUGUGAAUGUCAUUUUUCUCUUUUUUUUUAUUUUUUAUUUAUUUUUAUAUAAAUGGCCUGUUCAGAGCAGAGAAUGUCAGUAUGUUUUUUAAUUUAGAAGGGUGUAUGAAUUCAAGGGUGUAUUCAUGCAAAACAACUGUUUCGAUGCAGAAGUGUGUUUGUGUAGAGUGUCAGUUUCCAAGUGCAAAGGUGGAUAUGUGCAGGAGUGAGGGGGUUAAUAUUUGAAUCCUGACUUUUUAUUAUUUCUUCCCCCUUACCAAGACAUUUUCUAUAUUCUAACUAUUUCUCUUCUCCACAGUAACCUUGUUGAACCUAUCCCUUUUAUUUAUAUGCCUACUUCAUUUACUGAUGCCACCUCGUCUCCCUGCCAAAACUACUUCUCUAACCUUAGUAUUUCUUGUCUCUCAGGAAGCUAGGGAGCGAGUGGAAAUUUUAGGCUAUAAGCAGCAUCUUUUUCUGACCUAUGGUGGCAGCACAUAUGGGUGGUGCUUCCUAAUUGGGACAAGCAUCUGCAAGAUAGGUGAUUAAGAAAAGUUCCUCCCCUUUACCCUAUAAAGGGCUUCCCCGGCAAACCUACCUCAGUUCUUCCUUGUCCCAGCACGGGACGGAUCAAGCGUCUGUUGGAGGUGAGGCACACAGGUUGCUGUCUGGGGGAGGAAGCCCGAUAGCCGCCCGGGUAAUAGGCUGAGCAGCAUGGCUCCAUUUGUGAAGGUUCCAGAGCCCUUUCUGUGUAACUCUGCGCCGAGUAUGUUCCGGCUUGGUGAGUAUGGGCAGGCCGGGGGACUCCUUCAUUAUGUUGCAGGCCGUGUGCCUGCGCACAGUGCUGGAAUGCACACCCGGGUGGUGUUGCGUUCCACCGAAGUUCCAGGUGCUCUAUUGCGAAUGCGCGAACCGGAACUUCGGGGGAAACCGCUAAGUGCGGAUUGCUGUGCUGUUCCCUCUGUCAGCAGGAAGCUUGUCAGAAGGGUUUCCCAUGUCACUAACCCUCCUCACACCCCCCCCGGUUCAGAGGUUUUCAAGGUAAGAUUAGCUGCUUUUUGCCUUGAAAAUCUGUUCUGAUUAAAAUUGCAAGUUAUGGAUGGAAUUGUUUUGCAGAAAGUGGACUGUAGGUGCAAGAUGGACUGUUUGUACACCGUGGAAUACCUCUGCUAUACUCUGCUUUUGCUUAUUGUAUGUGUGCUACUUCCCUUACUGUGGUUCUGGAGUUUAUAAAUAUGACCAUGGUGCUGAAAUUUCUUUGGUAAAAUUUAGCAGAGAAUAUGCAAUUAUUCCUAUCUUUAAAUUCUUAUAGAGAAUCAAAUAGUGUAUCAGCUGCUCUGCCUGAGAUGUUGUGCCGGUACCGAAGAGAAGCAUCCUUCGAUUACUUCUAAUGUAUGUCGAAUGUUUAUCUACUUCUUCUUAAGACAUGUCUGGUUCAUCAUACUGUGUGGAGUUGGUUCCCACCUGAUGUACCGAGAAGGUUCAUUAGGAAUGAAUCGGUCAUGGGGCAGGAUAAAUCUGCUAAACUUAAAUGAGGGUUAUCUGUUCCUCAAACCCCAUGUCUUUCUUAUAUGCAAAAAUGGGAACACACUGUGUAACGAGCCUUUCUUGCCCGACAUUUAAUAUGCUUACUAUCAAAUGGGUAAAUGUUACACCCCCAGGUACACUGGGAGGCCAUACAAUUCUGCAGAAGUAGCUGCUUUAAAAACACUGUCGUCAAGAAGGCUGAGACCUCUUGCAGACAAUCUUUCCAGACGUCUGGGUUUUGGUAUGGGUCUUUGCUGGCAGGUGCAGCGGUGUCCAAAACUUAUAACUUUGUAUUAUUAUUAUUAUUAUUAUUAUUAUUAAAUAACCUCCAUUAACGAUUAUAUAUUAAAUCGUUAAUGGAGGUUAUUUAAGUAUCCUGAUUAGCAGCUUGUCAGUCUCCUGUUUUAUUUGGGAUUGUCACAUAUUUUAUAUGGAUUUGACUAAUAAAAUUUGACAAUGACGGGCAAGAUCAUGGGUUGAUCUGCGGUUUCCCUUAUAUCGUGGUGGCUUAAGCUUGGACGGCAGAUCGGCAGUCUUUUCGGUCACCUGUUUACUCCCAUUAGGGAAAAGAGUAUCUCUUAUAACCUAUGUCGAAAAAGGAAAAAAGGCUCUGCCUCAAGACAAGUAGAAUUAGGGCUGACAUGGGUAGGCGUUUCAGACACCAAGAAGCUUGGAGGUGUAAUCCUGCAUUUCUAUACUAAAUGUGGAUAGCUCAGUGGGUUUAGACCUUGUUCAGCCCUUGGGGUUCACAGGUUUGUUUCCCCUGCAGGUUUGACUCAGCCCUUCAUCCCUUUGAGGCAGAUGACUGGAGUACCAUUCAAUGGAGUCACUUAACACCAGUUUUUAUCUUAAUGUCUCUUACCUGGCUUUUAAGUGGAACCUACUUGCAAUCACUGGUUGCUCGAACUAGUUAAAGAGGGCACCGCAUCUGAUACUCUAUUUACAGAAACAGUGUUCCUGUUGGAUUCAAGUAGUUUGAGAUAUGGUUCUGUGAACCACAAAGUUUGUUGGGUUCCUCAGGAAUCUCCUGGUUAUCAAACUCUGAUCAUUCAUUUUAAACCAGUUAUGAAUUUAAAUUAAUUGGUUAUUCUCCUGAGGUUCAGAAAUGAAACUUCUGCUUCUGUUACUCUGAUUCUGCAGAAAAGAAUUUCUUGGUGUAUAUAGAUCAGAGAUAUAUUCCCACAUAUCCCUAUUGCGGCCCUUCAAUAAGUUUUCUGAAAAUACGCCAUAAUACGUGGAUUGUAGAGAUUUCAUUGCUCUUCAAAACGCACCUAUAACAGCAUAUUUUAGGGAACGAGGCAUUUCCUACUUGUGAGUUUGGCUACUUAUUGCUAAUCGGGACAUUUGCUCUUUAAGUGUGUUCGGGUAGCUAGCAUAGCGCUACAGCAACAUGGUCGGAUAGGAAGACUAUAAAGUACUUUCUUCUUCAGAAAUUUUAGGGUUUUUGGAGGUUCGUGUUAACCUUAAAACGUUACCUCAGCACUCUUAAAGGAAAGGUCCAAUUACUAAAGUGAAAAAUUCCUCCAUAAGGACAGGAAAUGAGCUUGCUGGGAUGUCUGACAUCUUCAAUUCCUGCGGUCUACUGGGCAAAAUCUGGAUUUGGCCACUACAGUGGAAAAUUAUCUCCUCUAGGUCAAAGUAUGGAAAUCUUCUGUCUCCUGGACUCUCUUUGAAAAAAGCGGAAGCUGCCCGUUCUGCCUAUUGAAGGAGUAAUUUUCACCACAGAAUGCAUCUAACACAGGCUGGGUCACUCGUCUAAAUUCUCUAAUGUGCCAGCGUUCUUGGUCCUAAGAAAAAUAGUCCACAAAUUUCAGAGCUCUUAAGGAAGUUGUUUACUCCCCUCACCAAUUCAGAUCUUGGUUAAUCGAGGGACCUAUUACAAUGCGGUCAGACCACGACACUGUUUCCCUCACGUCACCAGACAGGGCAGUGCCAGAGGUAAGGUCUGUUUCAGCUAUGUACCAAAACGGUGUACUGGGCUCAGGAUCUCUGGGAGGUCCACACACUCAUGAUGUGUCGACAAUGUCCUCACCUACAACCUCAGGUCUACAGAGAGAUUUGGAGUACCCGGAUAGACCUUAUGGCAAAGAGGGAGAACAUGAAGAUUCUCAGGUUUGCCUUUGUGUACAAGACAGUUCAUGUUGAAUAGUUGGUCUAUCUAUAUAAGGGUAUUUCUCCGGGCUUACAUUUUUUUUUUCUCCUAUAGACUGUUCCCAAGAUGACUUCAAAGAGGUAACGGACAGAGCAGUGGUUCUGCCAAUCUUUCCGUACUAGCCAAACACGAGCCAGUUUUUGGCCUUGGUGGAGAUGAAUUUCAAGUUUGGGGAUCUUCCGAUCUCAAACACUUUUUGAAAACCGGAUAUCCUACUGGAAGUGUUGAAUAGGUAGGGCACUGCAUAGUGGAUCCCUUAUCUCCACUUGUUGCAUAUAAUCUUCUAGUCAUUCUGCCUCAAACCUUUACAUGAGGAUUUGGGAUUGUCUUCUAGUUCAUUUGUCUGGUUGGUUCAAAUUUACACUUCCUGCAGGAAAUUUCCACAGGUUGUGCGUUUCCAUGUUAAGACCCAAUUGUAUUCCCGAAGUUCUUGAUGAGAAGGGAUUGGUCUUCGUAUAUACUGGUUAGAGGUUUCUUUAAAGCAAUAGGCUUCUUAAGCCACCCCGGAAGUUCUGUUUCCCUCCUGGGAUCUUUCUUUGGUCUUUCAGGUCCCCUUUUACUUUGGAGGGGUUCCUUUUAACAUGCUAAAGCUUACCCAGCAUUCUGAGUGGCCAUUACCUCUGCCAAGAGAGUAAGCGAGCUUCAGGAUAUAUCUUCUUCAGUGGAAUUUCUUAUAUUCCAUCAUGGUGAAAAUUGUGUUUCAUCCUAAAACUUCAAUUCUUCCAGAGUUAUCUUUUAGAGUCGUUAAUCAGCUCAUCCUUCUAUAUUUAUGCCACCUCACCGCUGAAACUAGAUGGCAUAUUCUAGAGUUAAAAAAGGGCAUUUCAGAUGUACCUAUCAAUAUCAGCCAAAUUCAGAAGAUCAAAUCACCUGUUGUCAUCUUCUAGGAAAGUUUUAAGGGGAGUGAAACUUCUCGUAAUUCUAUUUCUUGUUAUUUCGUCAAUCAUAUGGCCUAUGCGUCAGUAGUUUUGAUUCGCCAGCGUCUUUCAGAGCGCAUUCCACAAAGGCCAUGGCCACUUCGUGGGCAGAGAAAAGCUCUUGCUUCACCCGAACAAAUCAGGAUGGCUGCUUCUUGGUCAGCUUUUAGCACCUUACAAAACAUCAGGCAUUUUCAGACUAGAUGUACUCUGCGUCUAAAAUUGCAUUAGGGUGUAGGUACUUCAUGCUGUUUAGGCAUAAGGCCCACCCGAUUGGGGCUAUAUUCCACACGUGCUGCCACCAUAUGUCAGGAAAAAAAACAAAUUUUUACUCUCUGUAAAUUCUUUUUUCUUAAUAUGGUGGCAGUAUAAAUCUCCCUCCCUCUAAAUUACAAUUCUGCUUACAUUGUGUGGCUUAGGUGUGUAUUCUUGCUACGACUAAGGUGGGUUUGCUGUGGAAGCACUUUAUAGGGUAAAGGGGAGGGACUUUUCUUAGUACCCUAUCUUGCAGAUGCUUGUCCCAAUAAGGAAGCACAACCCAUACGUGCUGCCACCAUAUUAAGAAAAAAUAAUUUACGGUGACUAAAAAUUUCUGUUUUUGCUCCUGUCAAAUAAGUUUCCUGAACCAGGUGUUGGAAAGCAUGAACGAUGGGAAAUGGGAAGAUGUGGCAGCUAAAGUUGUUUGAAGGUCUGUCACAUUUCGUUAAAAAUAAUUAACAAAGUGAUUUUCAACAUACUUUUUAUGCAUGUUUCAGAUUCUAUCUUUAUGAAAGCCCAAAUUUAAUAUACUGCUAUUUUAAAGGCCUUUUCGCCUUAUCUGUAUGUUUUUUCUGAAUGCGUCCAAUUCUCCUAGCUCUUUAUGCACCAAUAUUACAAAAUAUUUUGAUGUGCCAAAUGAUUCUGGUCAUUUAAACCACUUCAUCCAGUUGUUACUAAGAUAUGGGCUGAUGUUUGAAAUAAUUUGUAUUCGUUUUCAGACUGUUUCCUUCCCUGUGAACUUUACAGCAUGACCAGGGAGUCUCUGUUUUAAAUUAUGUACACAUUUUCAAGUCCUGUAUUUAAAGCUCUAUGUAUAAGAAAGCAAAAAAACAAACAAAAAACAUAUCAUAUAUGAUACUUUGUGUUUAUUUCUCUGCAAAUAGAACAUGUGUUUAAUGUCGCUUUACCUAUUGUACCAUUCUUUUAUUUGCUCUCAUUAAAGUAUCGCCCCCAAAUGGCUUGAUAUAACUUUUUAUUUUUUACUUAUUUUAUUGCAACGAAGUAGUAUGUUGGGUGUGUGGAUUGGGAGAUUAAUUAUGCAUGGAAAAUAUAACUACUGGUGCAACUCAACAAUCCUUAAUAUUUUAAAAUCUUUUAAAUUACCAAAAUGUAACUCUAGAACAAUCCUAAAACUAUGCAGGUUUGUUGUCAUAAUCUCAAAAUACUUAAAUGCUUGUAAAUCAGCAAAAAGUGAAAAUGAGCUUUAAAGGCUGCCAGAAGUCUCUAGGUACCAUCACCCAUACUACUGUAAAAUUGUUUUGAUUGAAAUUUUGCCUUUUGGGUUUCAAAUCCCUAGAAUUAGCAGUCUGCUGAAUAAACCUGUAGGGGUCUUAGACGUCAU